UAUACAUAUCAACAGUUUGUGUUUAUUUAUCGAAAAAUUUCAAUAUAAAAGUGAAAUUAAAGAGUGAAUCAUGUCGUUUCUAACAGAAUAUUUCGACGAGUACCGUCAACAUCCGAUAAAGAAAACUAAAAUGUGCCGUCCAGAGCUCAGGUGGGCAAAGUUAGAGGGAAAAUGGCUGGAUCCAAAAGUUGGCACACAGGACAAAGAAUGGUCGGAUGAGGAGAUUGAGGCGUUCAUCAAGGAGACGAUGAAGAGCAUCCGAGGACAGUCCACCUACUACAACUCAUACUGUGCACACUUGUCAGAAGAUUUCAAAGACCGUCCCUUUGAACCGCGCGUAAAGAAGUUAAGACCAUGUUCAGAGUUAUUUCAAAAGAAGGAAGAGGAGGUGGAAGUGACAGAACCGCUUACGAAGCUCGCCAUGAAGGACACUGAGCUAAUGAAAGGAGCCAAGGAGUUGUAUGAGCUGGACCUGGACCGGCCCACGCUACAGCCACUGCCCACGCACUUGAGAAUUUACGGCUACGUCAGACCACAUCUCUGGCACACGGGCAUCAGUGACUACCAAGCGGGCAUAGCUCGCCUGGCGUACGAGAUGAUCCGGGACGACCGAAUCCCUCCCUACCACGCCCACAAUGGUUGCAGACCAAGAUGGGGCAUCCCACCAGAAGAGGAGAGACAACCAGAGCUUGAUGGAGCACCUUUCACUGGGGAAAGGCUGUAUUAAACCAAAAAUAUUCUAGUUUUAAGAACAGUGUUGCUAUAAGAAUGGAAUAUUUUGUUAGAAACAAGUCCAAUCUGAAAGUUUUUAAAUUUGAUAAGCCAUAUAUAUUGUUUCUGGAUGAUAGAAAAUGAGAAAAUAUUUUUUGAAGUUGGUUUUGUGGUACUAUUGACAUUCAUUAUUGUGUACAUACAAAUUGUAAGGAUACUAACAUUUGGAAGUUUUAAUGUUUCGACCUAUACCUAU